AUGAACUUUUACUCCCUCUACCAAGAUAGAGCUUUAUUAGAAUCAUUAAAAAUGUUAAAUAAACUAUCCUUAUUGACCAGGAUCUACGUAGCAAUAUGUUCGAUAUUUAUAACUUUGAAAAUUGAUAAUAUCAUAAUUUGGAAUUGGACUCAAACCUUAUGGGGUGUUUGGGUCGGCUUAAUUUGUUUUAUUGGCAUUAGUGCAGGUUGUCUGAUAGUCACAUUUAGCAAGAUAAUACAAUAUCUGUUUGACAGAUAAAAUCUAUAGAAAUCAGAAUUAAUUUCCUACAUCUGGUUAACUCAACUGCUCAUAUUUGGGAGUGUUUCCAUAACAUUAAGUUCUUUUGGAUAUUUAGAGUAUUUAGAAAAUCAAUCAAACUAUUCUCACAAUUUCGUUGUUCAACAAUAUUUCAUAAUUGCUGAAUUCUUCAUCAUUUUCAUUUAUUCCAUAUAUUUUCGUAUUGAUAUCUGCGAAUAAAUAUACAUAACACUCCAAGAUGAUGAACCAGUUAACUAAUAAUAAUUUUCUGUGAAUAUGUAAGGUAGCAAUCAAACAUUGUAAUAAAUCAAUCCAACAUCCUCGAGAACUUAGAUUCCUUCGGUUGUGUAAAAGAUAUCAAAAACCUAUUUUGGAAUUCCCACUAGAGUCAAGAAGGGAGGGAAUUAAGAUUCAAUAAGUGGUUCACCUGUACUUAAGAAACCAUCUAAAGGACAUAAACGAGCAUUUUCUAGUCAAGGAGUAGCUUCAUAGAUGUUUUAAGAAAUGGAUUAAAUUGUUAUUGAUAAGUAGCAAUCUAAUAUAUUAAAUAAAAAUUCUAAAAACGAAGCUAAACCUUAAAUUGAUAAAAAGAGAUGUAAUUCUCAAUUAGUAACAAUUGGCCAAGAGGAAAGCAUUUAAAAUAAGAAUCACGAAAUGAGCCUGAGUCAAACCAGCAACAUUUGUAUUGUGUGUUACGAAAGAGGACCCAAUGCAGUUUUUAUGAAUUGUGGCCAUGGAGGUACUUGUUAUCAAUGUGCUAUUGAUAUUUGGAAAUAGAAAAUGGUUUGUUAUUUAUGCAGAAGUAAAAUUGAGUACAUUUUGAAGGUUGAUUUGGAAGACAGAUAUGGAGAUUUAUUUAAAGUUGUUUCUACUACUUAAAUGAUAGAUUAAUUUAAUAAAUGA